AAAUAGCCCACUCUUCUUCAUGAGCAGUUUGACGUUUCGUUUUUUCUCGCAGUAGCAUUUUCAGAUUUUUUGCAAUCAGACUGCAAAAUUUUCAGCCGGUGAUUCCGUGAUCACCGCACGCGUGCCUGAAAGUGGUUCCUGGAGGUGGACAAAAGUGUUUUCCGAUUCUAUAAGAACUGCUCUCCUUUUCCACGGAUCCACUUCCGGUGCCGGACCCAGCAAGCUGGCUGCAGUUUGGCGUCCACAUGACCUCCGAAACCCGCGAUGAGCAGCUGGUGCUGGAAGUUUUCCGUUGCGCAGCUCGUUGGAUUAAGACGGCGGGGAAUCGGAGCAACUUCGUCGAGUUUAAGGCCGGGCAGUUUAUUAACCUUGCCGCGAUCAAGUUUUCAGGUGGGAGUUGUGCAAGUUGGUUGAGGAGGAUUGUGGGGAGGAGGAGGAGUAAAUUUACUUUCGGUCAACUUCAACAAAAAACUGGCCAGCCUCCAGAUCGACCACGAGUUUGUCCAUGACAAGCAUUGGGCUUCUGGGAGUUGGACCACAAAUCGACACUUGCUCCGUCCGCGGACGUCAAUACUACGCUGCUCAAUUCGCCAAAACGAAAAAAUCCGUUUGUCCGGAAACAUCCCAAACGGCAGUCGUCCCCUGCGGCAGACCAUCGCCGCGAACGGUGCUGUACGGAGAAACCGUCGAGAAGAUUCAAGUCAAGGACAACCGGGAAACCCGCGUGGUACGCUUUCUACACGCAAUCAUCCUCGGCGGCGUCGACGUCCGCACCUUCCCGCUGGCCAAGCGCAGCGCACUCUGCACCAAGUUCGCAAACACGCUGAACCUGCUGCUGUACCACCUCAGCCCAACCCGGUCCGCCCGGUUCCGGUUUGUGCCAAGCAGCUGUACGCGCUCGCUGAAAUGAAGCACUUUCUCCCUAACGUGACCAUCUACACGCUCGAGAGCAGCACCAAGGAUACGGACAAGCCGUUGAGCGGUUCAAGUCGCGCAAAACCCAGCGCUUUUACAUUCCGCUUUUGGAGGUGGACAGGAUUUUUGGACCGAAGUGGCACGAUUUAUCUGAGAGGUAAGUUAAUCGAGUUGUAGAGGUUGAAUCAAAACAAAGGUUGUGACAUAGGUUUUCUUUUUUAGGAGGGUUUCAUAACGGAAUGUAUGGAACGGGAAACACCCCGAUGUUGAUGACCACGUUAGUCCGUUGACCACUAUUCGCGACAUCUAGACGUAGUUCGUGUCAACCAAAGCUCGCCUGAAUGACGUCGAAGCCCGUUUGCCGUCGACAGUGUCCGCCGAGUUGGUCCCACCAUGGCGUCACUCAGAAGAUACAGUGCUGGCCGGCAAUGAUCGUUACUGCGCGGCACAGCCGUCGGAUCACUCCUCCCUUCCCGACCGCGGAUCGCGUCGUCGUACCUUCAACGAGAUCGCGAAACUGAACGGACGGAGGCGCUUUUCUAACAGCAAGGGUACGACUAUUGGGUCACAAGAACUACGAGCACAAGAAGUUGAGUGUGCGCGACUUUGUUGGUCCCUCGAAACAAACCCCAGCGUCCUCAGGAGGUCGCCAUCGCCGAUUCGGGGGACUGAUCGACAACACCGAAGCUAAGGCUCUAGGGUUAAUCACCGGCUCGAAUCUGCAAAGGACUUGAAGGACCUUUCCGACACACAAAUCGCCGGAAAUUUGGUGGACUGCAAGCGCAAACUGAUUCUGCGUUCUCGUGAUUAAUUAUUGUCAUAGGGAUGACCAAACAACUUAGUUACAUUUAAAAGCUUGUGUAAC